GAUCGCAAAAACCGCAAUUGCCGGAUGAUGGCGUAAUCCGCUUGUUCUCUAUGCGCUUUUGCCCAUAUGCUCAUAGAGCGCAUUUAGUCUUAGAUGCCAAAGGUAUUCCAUAUCACACGAUUUUUAUAAAUCUUACGGAAAAACCGGAAUGGCUUACUGAAUUCAGCCCAUUGGGCAAAGUACCGGCAGUAUUAUUACCGAAAGAGGAGGGCAGCCCAGCUUUAAUUGAGUCUCUCAUCAUUGCUGAAUACCUCGAUGAGAAGUACCCGGAAAAACGACUUUUCCCUAAAGAUCCUCUAAAGAAAGCGCAAGACAAAAUACUCAUUGAGCGAUUCAACCCUGUAGUUAGCUCCAUGUAUAAAGUAUUUUUGGGCGGAAGUGAAGGGGCUCCUGGUGCACUAACUGACAUCUCAAAGGGAUUAGAUGUGUUCGAGAAAGAGCUGAGCUCCCGUGGAACACCCUACUUUGGCGGCGAAAAGCCUGGCAUGUUAGAUUAUAUGAUCUGGCCGUGGUGUGAACGUUCUGAAAUGUUGAAAUACUUACUACCGGAUAAAUAUGAAAUGGAUAAAGAUCGCUUUGGAAAGCUGAUUCAAUGGCGUGACCUGAUGAUAAACGAUCCUGCUGUCAAAGGAUUCUAUUUGGAUGGUGAAACACAUGCCAAGUUCAUGAAAGCCCGUCGUGAAAAUGUUCAUGACUACGAUAUGCUCGUGUAAGACUUUUCUAGAUGUACACGCGUCAUAGCAUACAUACAUAUGUAUGUAUUUAGUGUUAACUUUUAUUUUUUAUAUAUAUAUAUACAUACCUGUGUGACUAACAUUUUUGCGACAUUCCUACAGUAAUCAAAGCCUAUGAGCUUCUAUAUUAAACACCGUAAUCGACUUCUAUUAACCUUGUGUACUUUUUAUAAGUUUUGAAUGUAAUUAAAACUCUUGCUAUUCAUGCACUGAUA